GGCUGCGGCUCCUCAGUCGGCGGCGGCUGCUGCUGCCUGUGGCCCGGGCGGCUGGGAGAAGCGGAGUGUUGGUGAGUGACGCGGCGGAGGUGUAGUUUGACGCGGUGUGUUACGUGGGGGAGAGAAUAAAACUCCAGCGAGAUCCGGGCCGCGAACGAAAGCAGUGACGGAGGAGCUUGUGCCACCGGUAACUAAAUGACCAUGGAAUCUGGAGCAGAAAACCAGCAGAGUGGAGAUGCAGCAGUAACAGAAGCUGAAAACCAGCAAAUGACAGUUCAAGCCCAGCCACAGAUUGCCACAUUAGCCCAGGUAUCUAUGCCAGCAGCUCAUGCAACAUCAUCUGCUCCCACCGUAACCUUAGUACAGCUGCCCAAUGGGCAGACAGUUCAAGUCCAUGGCGUUAUUCAGGCGGCCCAGCCAUCAGUUAUUCAGUCUCCACAAGUCCAGACAGUUCAGAUUUCAACUAUUGCAGAAAGUGAAGAUUCACAGGAGUCCGUGGACAGUGUAACUGAUUCCCAAAAACGACGAGAAAUUCUUUCAAGGAGGCCUUCCUACAGGAAAAUUUUGAAUGACUUAUCUUCUGACGCACCAGGAGUGCCGAGGAUUGAAGAAGAGAAGUCUGAAGAGGAGACUUCAGCACCUGCCAUCACCACUGUAACGGUGCCAACCCCCAUUUACCAAACAAGCAGUGGCCAGUAUAUUGCUAUUACCCAAGGAGGAGCAAUACAACUGGCUAACAACGGUACUGAUGGCGUACAAGGCCUGCAGACGUUAACCAUGACCAAUGCAGCCGCCACACAGCCGGGCACUACGAUCCUCCAGUAUGCACAGACCACUGAUGGGCAGCAGAUCUUAGUGCCCAGCAACCAGGUUGUUGUUCAAGCUGCUUCUGGAGAUGUACAAACAUACCAGAUUCGCACAGCACCCACUAGCACCAUUGCCCCUGGAGUUGUUAUGGCAUCCUCCCCAGCACUUCCUACACAGCCUGCUGAAGAAGCAGCACGAAAGAGAGAAGUUCGCCUAAUGAAGAACAGGGAAGCAGCACGAGAGUGUCGUAGGAAGAAGAAAGAAUAUGUGAAAUGUUUAGAAAACAGAGUGGCAGUGCUUGAAAACCAAAACAAGACACUGAUUGAGGAGCUAAAAGCACUUAAAGACCUUUACUGCCACAAAUCAGAUUAAUUUGGGAUUUCACUUUCACCCCAUAUGGUGGAAAAAGGACUGGCUUGGCCACAAACAGAAAGACAAAAUAAACAUUUUAUUUUCUAAACAUUUCUUUUUUUUCUAUGCUCAAAACUGCCUGAAAGCAACUACAGAAUUUCAUUCAUUUGUGCUUUUGCAUUAAACUGUGAAUGUUCCAACACCUGCCUCCACUUCUCCCCUCAAGAAAUUUUCAACGCCAGGAAUCAUGAAGAGACUUCUGCUUUUCAUCCCCCACCCUCUUCAAGAAGUAAUUUGUUUACCUGUAAAUUGAUGGGGGGAAUGAGGAAAAGAAAAAUUUUUUUUAAUGAUUUCAAGGUUUGUGCUGAACUCCUUGAUUGCCUUAGGGACAGAAUUACCCCAGCCUCUUGAGCUGAAGUAAUGUGUGGGCCGCAUGCAUAAAGUAAGUAAGGUGCAAUGAAGAAGUGUUGAUUGCCAAAUUGACAUGUUUUCACAUUCUCAUUGUGAAUUAUGUAAGAUUGUUAAGAGACAAGCCCACUGAAAGAGAAUUUUAGUGUGGCAUUGAAGAAAUUAAGAAUGAAUUUGGAGUGUUUUCUAUGUGCAUUCUCUUCUUCAAGACUGAAAACUUAUCCUUGGUUCUCAAAAACAUUCUGUAUAAACUAUAGCUUUUCCAUAGGGCAGUUGUUGCUUCUUAUUAAUUCAGCUUUGUAUGUGUUCAACAUUUCUGAAUACAUUAAAAGAAGUAAACAACUGAUUGAGAAAGCAUGGUAUUGGUAUUUGAAUUUUAAAUUAAAGUACAAAGCUUGUUUUAGGUAGUACUAAAUUCCUAGUUUUUUUAAAAAAAAAAGAUACUCAUUAGUAAGCCCAACCCCUGGAGUUACAGAACAAGGUUUUUAAAUAAAUGUUUUUGUCAUCGCUUCAAAAAUAUUUAUAUUGUCACUCCUUUACUUAAAAGAAAUCUCUAUACUUUUCCCCUUUGCACUUGCAUUAUGCCACCAACAGGAAAGCCUUCAAGAUGUUAAAUAAAAUAAAGUGAUAUAUAUGUUUAUAAAAUAUUAUGUGUUGUAGAAAAAUCUGAUUUUAAUUUUUUUUCCCAUAUUAACAUACCUUUAACGAGUAACCCUAGUGAGUUUUCUAAUGAAAGAAGCUGUAAGGAUAUAGUCCUAAGUAAGGGAGUAGAUGUAUGCAGAAAAACUAAUAUUCUCCAGGCAUAUCUGAAUGACUGCUAGCUACACUGGAAUAUUUGGAUUGUCAUUCAUACAAAGCCUUUGUUUUCUUCUAAAAGGAUAGUGAUGCUUUAGCUUUUGAGUAUGCUAUAGGGCCUUUAUCAUCUUAUAGAGGAGCUACUUAUUUUAACUCCUGUUAACAGUCUGUAUUUGUAUGUAUCAUACAUUGUUUCCAGUACUUUUAAUUAUUAAUUACUCAUUUAAGCCUGAUAAAUUUUAAAGUUACCCUUUGAAGGGAUGGAAAUCAACAUUGUUAGAUUAUAAUUUCUCAUUUGAGAAAAGGUAUUCCUUUUACAAGUCUAGAAAAUUAUUGUUUUAUAUUUAGUCAUGAAUUCUUUUUGAAGGUCAAGUUUGUUAUGUAUUAACAAAAUAUGCAGAUAUGGGCAUUAAUUUUCAGGUCCAUUUUGAAAAGUGAAACUUUUAAUUAUCUGUAAGGGGUAUAUUUUUGUUUGUAACAAACCAUUGUCUUUUUUCAAGGAUGAACAGUUUAUGAAGGAGCUUCAUUCUAAGAAUUGAGUGAUGUAGUCUUAUAUUUGGACAAUUCACCAGUCUCAAGAAGGCUUUCAAACAACUGUAAAGUUUGAUGUGUGUCCUGCUGAGCUAAUUGGGAAAGUUACAGCAUAAAAUUUAAUUGCUAACAAGCAUAGAUAAUUCAUCUUCCAAAAUUGGUUAUACAGAAUCCAAGCAAAAUUACAAAUCUUUCCACAAACUAGAACUUUCUUAAUGAGUCAUAAUGUCAAAAUUGAACAUUUUGAAUUUUGCAAGUUUUUUUAAAUGAAAUUGUUUGGUACCUAGCAAGUUGUAUGCUCUAAAGUUAAAUGUUUUUCAAUAGUUGAGGUUUUUAAUUAUAAAGUUGGUGGUCUUUUUAGUCACAGAUAAAUCAAGGCAAUCAUAUCCAUAUUAGCUGGUUGGGUUUACAAGUUAUAAAAAACUUACAUGUAAAUUACAAAAGAUCCUUGAACCUUGAGGAUGACUGCACUGGUUUGAAGUCAGUUACUUAAUGCUUAAAGGUGAGGUAAGAAAUACAUUCUGUUGCUAAGUUUGUUUUAGGUAAGUUGGAGAGACUUGAACAUUUCAGUUUUAUACAGAUAGAAAUUCAGCAUCUUUUGUGCAGACUUUUUUAAUAAGUUGGUAUAAAAGGUGUCCAUUUUUAAGCAUGCAACUUUGAGAAUCUUUAUUAAGAAAACGACAUUAUCUUAAAAAAAAAAAAAAAAACCUGUAGCCAAAAACAUGGCCACAAUACCAGUAAAAUGUUUCUUAUUGGCCAAAAAGGAAAUGAAAGAUGUCAUCAUAGGAAUCUGUAUAUAGCAACUGAUUUGCUUAGAAAAUAGCAAGUUUGGUAUUGCUCACUUUGCAAAUAUAGGGCCAGGUGGCACUUUUAUCUGUAGGACAGAUUAAUAAAAAUUAAGUGGGGGGGGGUUUAUUUUUGAUAUUACUCUUAACGAGUUUUCAAGCUUUGGUAGUGUUUAACUGAAAAGUGGUUUAGAAAGGGCUAGAUCCAAUGUGUUCACAUUAUUAAAAAAUUGGUGUCAGAUACAAUUUUAAGUUCAUUAUUCAAACUCAAGUACCAUAUUGGCAACCAUAAUUUGUCAAAGGUGCUGUUCAUUUAGAUAUUCUUAGGGGGGAUAUGGCAUUUGUAUAAAUAUGUGUAAAUAUAUAUAUAUAUAUAUAUACAUACAUACAUACAGUAUAUAAUCUGAAGCUCUGAGAGCUUUCAAGUCAGGAAUGCUGAGUAUUAGAGUAUAUUGAGGUCAGAUGAAAUUUUACACUUUUGCGUGUUCUAUUGCAUCCCUUUUGGUAGUUCCUUGGACUGCAUUACUCCAGCACUCAUGAUCUAGUUUUCUUCUAAGUAUUUUAUUUUUUGCUGUUAGUUUUCUUUGGCUUGAUACUUUUAAAUGUUACUAGUCACUUGAAAACUCUUUACCCCCCUCCCCCCAAGUAUUUGGUUUUUAUGCUUUGUCUCUGGCAGCUAUGACAGUGGUAAGAAGGUUUUGAAGAUAGCUUCUAAAGGUACCACUGCUUUUUCUCAGAAAUCAUCCUGGGGGAGGAAUUUUGAUGUUGUUAUUUGAGCAGGGAUUUUUGUCAAGAAAAUGUGUUUGAGUAGGUAGGUCAGCGGCAGUGCUACUAUCUGAAAGCACAAUACCAGUCAGGCAGGCUGUCCGAGCAGAAGUCAUCUGGCUGAAGUUUCUCUCUCUCUCUCAGGCCUAAUCCUUUCAUUCUAACCAUUUGGGGUGGCAUGUGGAAUCAUACAAAGGCUUAGGAAGAAAAACAAGUUUGUUUAAACCAGGACACCUUUAUUUACUUGAAUGACUUCAAUCUGGAUUUCUUUUCAUUUUUAAUGUUUUAAAUUCUGUGAUUAGCUAUAGAGCAAAUGAUUAGCAUAAAACAGUAUUUUGAAGGUCAAAGGCUGUUUCAUUUUGCAGGACUGAAAAAAGCUACUAUCUUAAUGUUUUGAUCAAAGUGGAUUUCAGAAACAGUGGUUGCACACAUUUUCAGUGAUUUUCAAGAGGCUUGGUUUUGUUGCCUUUGUAGCCCAGAAAUCAUGGUAUAUUGUUUCCCACUGACCUAAUACAAGCAUUGUUUAUUUAUUUGGAUUAUAUCUACAUUAUAUUCUUUGUAAAUGUUUGGUGUAACUUGCACUUUUAAAAUUGACCCAGUUUGGGUGUUAGCAACUUGAAAGUUCAAUUGUAAACUGACUCUUUUAUAUCUUCCUCUGUUCAAAUCAUGUGAUGAUAUUUCAGCACCUAAAGGCUAGGUUUAGAAAUAUCUGUAAAAGAAGAAUACCUGGCAACUAGAUCUGACUAGGCUAAUUAAAAGGUAGGUUUGAACCCUAUCUUACUCUUUCAUCAUGGGUAAAAGGAAAAUCAAAUCAAGUGAAUGAAUAACUAUCCUUACCCCAAAGUUAAUCCUGCCUAUAGGAUGCCAACAUGUUCAUGAAUUUGUCAAAAACAGUAAAAGAUUUUUUUUAAGCAUUUAAUUAUUGUCAUCAUGGAAACCACAUGCAAUCACCUGACUAAAUUUUUUUCCACUUUAAUUGGCUUUACAUCAAAGAAAUGCUGCCUAAAUUUGACUGGUUUCAGAUGAAGGGGGAAAGUGAGCUGUGCUUAAAAGUGAAGAGUUGUGAGAUAAAUUUGUUCACUCAGUUGUACAAAGCACAACUAAAAUGUGUUGGAUGGCUUACAUGCAUCUUGAGUACUUUUAAUGUUCAUACGUUGGCUUUUUUAAGUUAACUGAACUCUCACUGUAUGUACUAGGAACUGGUUUCCUUGACUUUCUAGAAUCCAUGGCCAGAAGAGGCACUAAUCCCUGGGGGGUUGAACAUAUCAUGAAGCUGAGUCAGUAUGGAAGAAUUUCAAAUAAAUCAAACAGGGUGCUGAAGUUCCAUCUGUCUCAUCUGCUUAUGAUAAGUUCUUAUUGAUUAGUGAAUGUAGCUUAAGCCUUUGUAUGUGUCCUCAGGGGGCAGGCAAACUUUAAAGAGGGACCAGGUAAUGUUUGGAGGGAUUAUAUUUCAGGUGUUUUAGCUUGAAAUUUAUUUUUUAAAAAAAUUAAAAUAGAAAAAAAAAAAUAGAACAAAGCCUGUGAAGCAAGUUGGUUUUAAACAGGCAAAGUUGUUUAGCACAGAGAAAACAUUGAUCUGUCUGCAAUCUGGUACUGUGGUUGCAGGUCCUAGCUGGGUAGGACAUGUUACAUUUCAAAUUUUUCUCACCAGCAAGUAAAGAAAAUGAACAAUCUUCAGGCCGUGUCUUUGAAAAGGGUCAAACAAUAGGAAAUUCAAAUUUUGUAAAGGAAUUAUUUAAUACUUGCCUACAAAAGCACGGUCUUUCCAAACUUCUGUCCGAAGAACAUCUCAGAGAUGUCAAUCUGAGAUAGUUUAAAAACUGGUAGGGAAGAAAGAAAAUCCCUGCAUAUGAUGAUCUUUAGUUGGCUAAGUAAAAUGAUCUACCAUUGUGUUUGGGAGGUUUAUUUUCUUAUGUUUUUAAAUUGAACUGGUAAGUGCUUUAUAGAUAUUUUUUAUCCAGGUGCCACUCCAAUGUGUGUAUGUAAUAAAAUUAUUUAUAUUAAAAGCAGAAAAUAAUUUGUCAACCUUAUUCUGUGAGUCUAGACUUAUUGGGUGGCAGAGAAGAGUGCUAGUUAGCAGUUUUCCAUGUGAAGUUGUCCCCAGCUGAUUUGUCCACUUGUCAGUUGUCAUCCCCAUCCAGAAAAGGAAUUAUUUCUGAACCUAGAAGUAUCAUUUGAAACUUUUUAGAAAUAAAAUAAUCAGGGACGUUUCUAGGGAGAAGGUAUUUGGUUUUGUUUCUUUGCUUUUUUUUUUUUUCCUUGAGGAUUUGGGGUUAAGAAUACCUCCCCCAAACCUAUCAGCACAAAACAGGGUAUUGAUUUUUAACUCUGAUGUUGCUAUUGGAGUUGAAUAUUAAAUAGAUAACUAUAAUGAGGGAAAUACAUUUCUAACAAAGUUCCCUACAUUCUAGAAACAUCCCUGUUUUAAUUUUUUUACCUAAAUCUUUGUGCUUUAUCUGUGUAAAGAGAAAAAAAUGUACUGAGUUAUAAUGCAUUUUAUUAACACUAUGUACAUAUUAGCUGCUUUGUGUUCAGAAUGGUAGCAAUUGCUUUGUAUAUUAAAGUGAUCCUUGUGAAUUUGUGAAAUAUUGUCAUAAAGUGCUUUUUCUUACUGUAAUCUUUGUGGUAUCAACUGUCAUAAUGCCCUUUUUACACAAACAUUUAUGUGCAGUCACAUAAACAUGCUUUUAAAAACUC